AUGGGCUUGGGUGAUGAGCGGAUCGUGAAUCCUGAAGCAGUGUCCAAAUCGCUGCGCUGUGUCAUUUGCACCGACGUCUUCAUCGAUCCUGUGUCGGCAAAUGGCCCGGGACACUGCCAGCACGUCUUCUGUCGCAGCUGCAUCGAGCAGGCGCUGAGGCGGCGGCGCGCCUGCCCCUCCUGCAACGCCCCGAUGUACGCGGUGCAGCUGGUGCGCAACAUCGUUGUGCAGUCGCUGCUCGACGAGAUUAGGAUAAAAUGCUCCCUUCCCGACUGCACCUGGACUGGUCCCCAAGAUCAGUUGCAGGCCCAUGAGGAUGCCUGCCCAGUCUUGGCCCGCGACUGCCUCCGUCGCACCGUGCUGGCGCAGCAGCUCCAGUUGAACAAACUCCAGGAGGAGGUCGAUCGACUGGCCAGAGAGUGUGUUCUGCGGGAAGUGCACGAGAGACAAAUGGAGAGCAAGGCAGAACGGCUUGAGAUGCAGGUGGAGAUGAUGGAGGAAGGAAACCGUGAGAAGGAUCACGUGAUCGCCCGGCAGAGGUGGAAGCUCGACCAGGUCGACCCCGGAAUAUGCGAAGCUCGCCUACAAGCUCACAUGCAGGCCAAGGAUGAGGAGGUCUCCCGGAUGGCUGAAGAGUGUUCUCUUCGGGAGGUGCGCGAGAGAGAAAUGGAGAUGCAGCUGGAGAUGCUGGAGCAAGAAGGACGCGAGAAGGAUGAUUUGAUCGCUGGUCAGAGGCGCCAGCUCGACCAGGAGAAGGAAGAAGCUCUCCGGGCACAGCUCCAGGCCAAGGAUCAGGAGGCGCAUGGAAAUCUCAACUGGAUCCAGGUGAAGCGAGUGGACUGGGAGGGUGAUCUUUCAGUGAAUCCAUCGCGCAUCAAGGGCUUCCAGGUCGCGGUGACAGCUGAUGGACGUGGCACGCUCCUCUUGAAAUCCAUCACCCAAGCUGCAGAAGGUAUCUGCAGAGGGCCCAGGGACGGUGGAUCUUGA